GCAGAGCGCUCCAGAGACUGAAAUCUGAUCUCCCUUAAUUUUCUCUCUCUCUCUCUCGCUCGCUCGCUCGCUCUAACUCUGCCACUGGCUCUGCGCUGGCAGUUCAAGUCUACGAGCCAAGCUUUCACACACAUACACACACUCCACACUCAGCCCAGUCAAGCCCUGCAACACACGGGACCGACGGAGACGAGCAGCGUCUCUGAAGAACAGUGUUACAUCCUCCCCCCGCCACCCCGGUCUGCAAAGUAAUACACUCUGCUGAGCUCAUAAUCCAGGAAGUCUCCUCGAAGACAAGAGCAGCACUGGGCAUACGAGGAGGAUUCUUUCUGUCCAAAAGCAGCCCCAAGGAGAAGCAAACGAGAGUAAACGCAGACACUAAACUGCCAAAAGGCUCCAUAAAGGAAAGGUUGGGUUUACCUCAGGCGUGGACUGACUGCUAAACCGAAUACAAGAAAUUGCCAUUUCUGCAGGAGUUGACAGACAGCCCCGAGUUUUCUUUGCCGGGUUUCACGCUGGAUUUACAAAUGACCUGAACAUACUGAGCAAGCCUUUAUCGACUUUUUCAAAUCGUUGGAGGAAAGAGAAACAUUGAAUCCUCCGACUGGAACCCCGAGGCACUUCUGAACUUGGAAACACAAAUUUUUGUGACCACCGGUCAGCAAGAGCGCGCGGAGCAACAGCGGCCGGCAGCACCAGCAGAGCCCCAUGCCUGUGAGGGGCACGCACCGAUGAUGUCCAAGGCUGGGCAGGGUGGCAGCACUGGAGGGAUGGGCACCCUGUGGUACCUGCUGUGCGUCUGUCUAGUCAACGCCUCUGGCAUCCCAGCAGCCAGGCUCCGCAUCUCAGACCCCGAAGCAAAGACCAGCACACGCUCCCCCCCACGAACAGGCAUAUUGGGAAGCCAGCGGACCAUUCUGGAGGAGAUCCUUCUUGGCAAUGGAGACACCCUGGACCUGUCUUGCAAUUCUCAAGGCUCCUCACUGGCUCUAGUGUGGUUGAAAGAUGGACUCCAAAUCCUGCCCAACAACACAACCCAAGUAGGUCAGAAGUGGCUGAAGAUCAUCAACGUUUCCUACGAUGAUUCUGGAGUCUACUCCUGCAAGCUCUGGGGAACCAAUGAGAUUCUAAGCAACUUCACAAUCAAAGUCACAGAUUCUUUAUCUUCGGGUGAUGAUGAAGAUGACGAUGACGAUGGGACUGAGGACACAGGAGCACCGUACUGGGCGCGGCCCGACCGAAUGGAGAAGAAACUGCACGCCGUGCCCGCCGCUAACACCGUCCGCUUCCGAUGUCCCGCUGCGGGAAACCCGACCCCCACCAUCCACUGGCUGAAGAAUGGCAGGGAGUUCAGGGGCGAGCACCGGAUCGGAGGUAUCAAGCUACGGCAUCAGCAGUGGAGUUUAGUGAUGGAGAGCGUGGUCCCCUCAGACCGUGGCAAUUACACCUGCGUGGUGGAAAACAAGUAUGGCAGCAUCAGCCACACUUACCAGCUGGAUGUCCUUGAACGGUCGCCACAUCGGCCUAUUCUCCAGGCGGGAUUGCCCGCCAACCAGUCGGUGGUGGUGGGCAGUGACGUGGAGUUCCACUGCAAGGUCUUCAGUGACGCGCAGCCGCACAUCCAGUGGCUCAAACACGUGGAAGUAAACGGCAGCAAAGUGGGCCCAGAUGGGGCUCCCUACGUCACGGUGCUGAAGUCGUGGAUAAGUAAAACCGCGGAAGCAAACGUUAAACUCAUUCUUUACAAUGUGACAAAGCAGGAUGAGGGCGAAUAUCUGUGUAGGGCCACCAACUUCGUUGGCGUGGCCGAAAAGAUGCACUGGCUGUACGUCAACAAACCGAAACCAGCUGAAGACUUGGUGAAGGAGGACGACUCUGGCUCAGUCUAUGCGGACGUCCUCAUCUAUGUGACGGGUUGUGUUCUUAUCAUUCUGACUGUUACUAUAGUGAUCAUGUGCAGAAUGCGAACGUCUUCAAAGAAAACUCUGAACCCACCUCCAGUGCAGAAACUCUCCAAGUUCCCACUGAAGAGACAGCAGGUAUCCUUGGAGUCGAAUUCCUCCAUGAAUUCCAACACACCACUGGUGAGAAUUGCCCGCCUGUCUUCUAGCGAUUCGCCCAUGUUGGCCAACGUCUCAGAGUUAGAACUCCCAGCCGAUCCAAAGUGGGAGUUUCAACGGCCAAGGCUGACUCUGGGAAAACCCCUGGGCGAAGGCUGUUUCGGUCAAGUGGUCAUGGCAGAAGCCAUUGGGAUCGAGAAAGACAAAGCCAACAAGCCAGCUACCGUCGCUGUCAAAAUGCUGAAAGAUGAUGCUACUGACAAAGACCUGUCUGACCUGGUGUCAGAAAUGGAAAUGAUGAAGAUGAUUGGAAAACAUAAAAAUAUUAUUAAUUUACUGGGGGCCUGCACACAGGACGGUCCUCUCUAUGUCAUAGUCGAGUUUGCAUCGAAGGGAAACCUGCGAGAGUACCUCAAAGCACGACGGCCCCCUGGCAUGGAUUACUCCUUUGACACCUGCAAGGUGCCGGAUGAGCAGUUAACGUUUAAGGAUCUGGUCUCCUGCGCCUACCAGGUUGCUCGUGGGAUGGAAUAUCUGGCUUCUCAAAAGUGCAUCCAUCGGGAUCUGGCAGCUAGAAAUGUGCUAGUGACAGAGGACAAUGUGAUGAAGAUUGCCGACUUUGGCCUCGCCAGGGAUGUGCACAAUAUUGACUACUACAAGAAAACAACAAAUGGUAGGCUGCCAGUGAAGUGGAUGGCUCCGGAGGCCUUGUUCGACAGAGUUUACACCCACCAGAGCGAUGUCUGGUCGUACGGAGUCCUGUUGUGGGAGAUCUUUACUCUGGGUGGAUCACCCUACCCCGGCAUCCCAGUGGAAGAGCUCUUCAAACUGCUGAAAGAAGGCCAUCGAAUGGACAAGCCUGCCAACUGCACCCAUGAGCUGUAUAUGAUAAUGAGAGAAUGCUGGCACGCAAUCCCAUCGCAGAGACCAACGUUCAAACAGCUGGUCGAGGAUCUCGACAGGGUCCUGACAGUGACAUCAACUGAGGAGUACCUUGACCUGUCAGCACCUUUCGAGCAGUACUCCCCGGCCUGCCAGGACACACACAGCACUUGCUCUUCCGGAGACGACUCUGUCUUUGCCCAUGAUGCCCUGCCUGACGAGCCUUGCCUUCCAAAGCACCAGCAGUGUAAUGGUGUCAUCAGGACAUGAGAUGAGAACAAGCGGGACUCCAGGGUGCUGAACGAUGGAGAACUCACACUGAAGGAAAUACACUGAACCAACUGCGAGGAUCUUGUUCCCCACUUAACUUCCCACCAUUAUUGAGCCUUAUAUCUUCAAGUGCUGUGCCCACCUAAAACAAAUCUGCUUGGCAUGAAGAAACUUUGUAAUGUAGAAACCGAAAUAGAAAGUUCUGCAAAAAAAAAUCCAGAGGUGAUAACCUUUGACCUCCGGCAUUGUGACUGCUAAAGGAACCAUUCUGUGCCUAUGUUGUGCUAGGAAAGGAAAGUGACACAAAAGACAAUUAUUUUUCUUUACAAAAGAGCAUUUAAAUACUUUUUAUUUGUGUGAAGCUGCAGAUUUUUCAGAAGAGUUGUAAAUAUAUAAAUAUGAAUAUUGUAUGAUAAUGUUUAAAAAACAGUUGUAUACUUAUGAUUUGCUUGUUUAGGAAAAAAAGUGAAAAAAAACAAAAUUACCAAUGCAAGGAGGCAAAAUCCUAAAAUUAUCGCAGUUUAGGAUAUUCAGUAUUAAGCUGGAAGUUAUUAAAGAAACUCAUUGUGUAGUGAACAAGGGGUAAAAAUAGUUCAAACACCAAUAAUUAUUUGCAAUCAGAUUAGCAUAUUGUAUAUUUGUAAAGUUGUUCAUAGACUUUAACAUAUCAUUUUGGUUAAAAGAUUUAUAAGUAUAUAGCUUAUUUACUAAUUACUGUACACAGCUUUAGUUAAACUAGGUUCUUAAUUUUUGUUUUACAUGUUUAUAAUUUUUAAUUUAUUACCCGUUGAUUAGGCGCAAAGGUUAAUGAGGAGAAGUAAUUAGAAUCAAGUUUUCAAACAUUGUGUAAAGUGAACGUUAUCUGUUCUUAGAUUGCAAUGAUUUUGUUUUCCUGUUUAGUAAUCAGAUUCUAGAAUUAUCUUUUCUUAACUAAAUGAAGGUUUGUGCUUUACCUUUGAUGAAGGCACGAGAGAGCAAGGGUGCAGACUGUGAUUGAUAACAGUGGGCCCGCUGUACGGAAACGGUGCCUUGCCUGGAGCUGCCCCAACAGUAUGAAAGUGGCUAGGGCUCUGGGUGCCAAUCGGAACAGGGCACAGUGAUCAAUUUCGGCCACCUAAAGCUGAGAUACAUGGGAGACAACAUCUUAAGCAGGGUCAUCUUCAGGUGCUGGUCACACCUGGGGCAAUUUGAGAUCACGAAUCAAGUGCAUCACACUGAAGUAGCACAUCGCACAAAAAGAUUAUAAAGCACAUUGGCUUAGUGUUUUUUUUUAAUUUCUUACCCCUUCCCCUGGUAUAUUGGCACCCAGGUGCCAAGUAGUGCUGGUGACAAUACCAGAUGUGCAGGUGAGGAGCAGUGUUGUGCUGGCACUCUUGCUGUGCUGUGAUGAGAGGGUGCAAUGAUUGUGAGUGUUUGCUGAGAACAACUUGUACAAGACAGGAUUGCCAGUCAGCCACCAACACCGGUCACAUAUCAGUGACCUGCGCAUCACUCCCUUCUCUUUAUGCAGGUUAGUGCCACAAGCACAACUUAACGUGGUGCAAUGGAAAUGUUAACGUGCAAUUUCGCAGAGGACUAAUUCGAGGUAACCCACUUUUGUUAAAGACAAACAAAAAGCUAAAACAGAUGGCCAACUGGGUACCAGGCAGUUGCCUGUGAAGCAGAAUAAAGCCCAGUAUCCAGAAUCUAAGAUAAAUUCCGGUUGGAUUUGAAGUAGGAUUCCACGGGUAAAUUGCAAUUAAGAAUUGAGGCAGGAAUCCUAUUAAAAUCAAUUAAAAAUUCUGUCUGUCUCCUGUAAUCUUUCUUAGGACCACCAAGCUCUUAUUCAGUAGAGAAGUUAAUUUAAUAGAUUGAAGUUAUCUGUUAACUCUUUAAUACAGACGUAGGAGAUUUAUAGUGGUGUAAUUUUUGUACAAUGAGAAGACACUUCAUUAUUUUCUUACCGAUCGCUGUGGACAUUCCAGGUACCUAAUGCAUAAAAAAAAACUUUUCCAAUAUUUGAAAUCUCUGCAUGAUUUACAAAAAAAAGAACUUAGAUAUAUAUCUAAUUUAUUGAGGUUUUUUUUUACAGAAUAUACGUAUAGUAGCUUCGACUGAACUUAACAUUUAACAGUUCCCUCUCUGUAGAUCUAAUCAUGUCAAGCAAUACUGGCAAUAGUUGAGGUUGUCAGCUGGUGUUUGAAGGUUAGAUUGGAUCAUUGCCUGUCUCAUUCCACUCUAUGGUGGCCAGAGGUGAGUUCCAAACAAAAGCAACAACCCCUUUAAACCAACUUGCCUGCCUGAAGCCUGUAAAAGACCACAGAUGGUCUUGUUGGAGUUAAAUAACUAGCACUGAACAAUAUCUGUCUGCCUUUACAAAGCUUUGAUAUUAACAUGGAACUGUUCCAUUCCACCUAAAUAAAAAGAUAUUGUUUUAAAAUGCAA